CCCUGCUGUGCUGAGACAGAUGCCGGUUUCCUCCCGCCAACUAGAGAAGGCAUGCACCCAGGUCAACGUUCCCGAUCGCUUACACCUCCCUCGGUCCCUCCCUCCCUCCGUGCCGUGCACUCCUACGCUUCUUGGGCGCAUCCGCUAGCGCCGCACGCCACCCAAAUGACUCCUCUCGCGCCGCGCCCGCUCGCGUGCCUGGGCCUGUUUCUGAUCCUCCUCUGUGCCCGCGGCGCGGACGCGGGGUCGGUGGCGACGGAGCUCGUGUACCCCAACUUCACCGCCUCUUGGUACGAGUACAUCGACACCGGCGGCGCGUUCCUGGAGUCCAAGAACGGCGCGUUCAGAGCGGCCGUGUUCAACCCCGGGAAGCAACAGGCCAACUUCUACCUCGUCGUCCUGCACGCUCCGUAUGGCACGCCGGUCUGGUCGGCCAACCGCGUCUCGCCGAUGACCUCGACCGGCAGGAUCCAGCUCUUUGCGCAGGGGCUCGCUGUGUCGGACACCAAUGGAACAGUGCUGUGGUCGACGCCAUCGCAGCUGCGGUCACCCGUCGCGGCGCUCCGGCUGCAGGACAGUGGGAACCUGCAGCUGCUGGACGCCGGGAACGUGACGCUGUGGCAGUCGUUCGAUAACGCCACAGACACGCUGCUUCCGGGGCAGCAGCUGCUCGCCGGUGCGUACCUUUCGGCGGCGAGGAGCGCCACCGAUCUCUCGGAGGGGGACUACCGGCUCGGUGUGACGGCCGCGGAUUUGGUGCUAACGUGGCAGGGGGCCACGUACUGGCGGCUGUCGAACGACAUCCGGUCGUACAAGGACCGCAACGUCGCGGUUGCAUCCCUGUCGGUGAACGCGUCGGGGUUGUUCGCGGUGGCCGCCGACGGCGCCCUGGUGUUCCGGGUGGACCUCCCGGCAGCCAAUUUCCGCGUGCUGAACCUGGGUUACGACGGCCGGCUGCGAAUCAAGAGCUACGCGCUGGUCAACUCCUCGGCGUCGCUUGGGAGCGACUUCGUGGCGCCGGCCGUCGACUGCGACCUCCCACUACAGUGCCCAAUCCUCGGGCUCUGCUCACCGGCGGGUAACAGCUCCACCUGCACUUGCCCGCCACUCUUCGCUGCCUCCGUGUCAACCCCUGGGGCGUGCACGCCGGGGGACGGCUCAGCGCUCGCGUCGCCAGCCUCGUGCCGGAGCAACAGCACCGCGUCCGUUUCUUACCUCGCCCUCAAGUCGCAGACUGCCUACUUCGCCACGAAGUUUGAUCCUCCGACCAAGACCGGCGUCAACCACCCCGCGUGCCGAGGCCUCUGCAACGCGAGUUGCGAUUGCCUCGGCUAUUUCUACGACAACUCCUCCCUGAGUUGCUACCUGGUCCAAGAAAAGCAGCUCGGCUCGCUGUAUUGGAGCUCUUCCGCUACAGCCUUGGGAUACAUUAAGACGUUCAAUUCGGCGCACAAUGCUACAAGAAACAAGGCCAACUCGUCGUCGGCGAACCGCUCUGUCGUCCCCAUUGUCCUGCCAUCCAUCGCGGCAUUCCUUCUCGUCGCCGUGAUCGCAUGGUACGCAUGUUGGAGGAGGUGGAAGAGUAUGAACGGCAAGAAAAAGAAGGCCAAGAACACCGGCGUGAAGAAGGUGCACCUAGGUCGUCAAAAGUCUCCGUCGAGAGACACGGGUAAUGCAGAGGCUGACGACGACGAGCAAGAUGAAGACAUCGUCAUACCGGGCAUGCCGACGCGGUUUAGCUACAUGGAAAUUGCGGCGAUGACUGCCAAUUUCGGGACAAAAAUCGGCUCCGGCGGGUUCGGCUCUGUGUACAAAGGGGAACUCCCCGGCGGCGAGGGGCUCGUCGCAGUGAAGAAGCUCGAGGCCAUCGGCGUGCAUGCAAAGCGGGAAUUCUGCACUGAGAUUACGAUCAUCGGCAACAUCCGGCACGUCAACCUCGUUCGCCUCCGCGGCUUCUGCGCGGAGGGCUCGCGCCGGCUGCUCGUCUACGAGUACAUGAACCGCAGCUCACUUGACCGGUCGCUGUUCGGCCGCACGGGGCCAGUGUUGGAGUGGGGGGAGCGUAUGGAGGUGGCUCUGGGCGCUGCGCGCGGUCUCGCGUAUCUGCACACCGGGUGCAACCAGAAGAUCGUGCACUGCGACGUGAAGCCGGAGAACAUCCUGCUGGCCGACGGCGGCCAGGUGAAGAUCGCAGACUUUGGGCUCGCCAAGCUGAUGUCGCCGGAGCAGUCGGCCAUGUUCACCACCAUGCGCGGCACCCGCGGGUACCUCGCACCGGAGUGGCUCAGCAACGCUGCCAUCUCGGACCGCGCCGACGUGUACAGCUUCGGCAUGGUGCUGCUCGAGCUGAUACACGGGAGGAAGAACAGGGGCGAACAGGCCAACGACGUCGCCAUCGUAGGCAGCGGCGAGCAGUCGGAUUGGCCGUCCGGGUGGAGCAGCGCGGCGGCGUCGACACCGAGCGGCACCGCUAGUGGCGGUAGCGACAACGAGUACUUCCCGAUGGUGGCGCUGGAGCUCCACGAGCAGGGGAGGUACCUGGACCUCGUGGACUCGAGGCUGGAAGGUCGCGUGGACGAGGCCGAGUCUUCCCGCGCCGUGCGCGUCGCGUUGUGCUGCCUGCACGAGGACCCCGCGCUGCGGCCUAGCAUGGCCGCCGUGGUGCGGAUGCUGGAAGGCAUCACGCCGCCGCCGGAGCCGCGCGUUGAGGCGCUCGGGUUCCUCCGCCUCUACGGGAGGGGCUACGCCGUGCCGACCUCCCUGGUCGUCAUGGCCGGCACGCCGGGCUCCGCGGGCGGCACGUCGUCGAUCACCGGCGGCUCGCAGUUGAACGAGUCAUUGCAGGACAUGUCAGCGCCAAGCUAACACUGGCCGAGCAGCACAAGAUUCAGCUCCCCUGACGUGUCAUCGAUCGACCUCUACACCGUGGCGCCUACGCGGCAUUGGCUUAGUAGUGCUUGGUCAAGGCGAUGGCAUGAUACCAGCUGGUAAAAGGGACACGGCAGGUACAACAGCACAGAGAAAUGGUCGUAACAGACAACAAACAAGUUGCAGUAGGUUUAAGUUAAGACUAGCUAUGCUGUGGGUGGCUUGCUUGUGACGGUUUAUGAUUAUUAUAUGGCCUUCUUACGAUGCAUUUGCAUUGGUAGAUUUGUAUGAUCGGCAAGGUAUAGAAGGUCGAUUGAUGUAGAGAUGUUAAUUGUACGUGGAAGCAGAGAAAAAUAUCUAUAACUAUACAGAUUGUUGAAUGCA